AUGUUUCAUGGAAAGAAGCAGAUACUGUCUAUGAAGACUAUGACAACCCAAAAUGAUUUCCUCAGGGAAUACUUGCCUUGGCGCAAUGAAUAUCUUUUAGUGUUGUUGGAGUUGGAACAGCUGAUCAACAAUGGAAAAUGUAAGGAUUGUGGACGAGAGGAGGGCUUUAUUUGUUGUCUGUCCUGCUCAGGAGAGCACAGCUGGUGUUCCUCAUGUGCUGUCAAAGCCCACCAGCACAACCCCUUCCAUAACCUUCAGCUUUGGAAUGGCAAGUUCUACGAGUCUAAUACCCUAUGGGACCACAGCAAUCUUGGAGCCAUGGAAGAUGUGUUUGCACACAUGGAGGGGGAUACUAUUUAUGAAACACAGUUAGGAUUGUCUAACCUGGUCAUUGUGCACUCUACUGGAGUUUACUCACACUGUGUAUCCUGGUGUCAGUGUCCUGAAGCUGAGAAGGACAGACAUCUACAUCUGCUAAAAGCAAAGUUAUUUCCUGCCAGCAUCACUCGGCCUCAAUCUGCUUUUACCUUCGAUGUGCUAGAUAACUUCCUCAUAGACGCUUUAGAGUGCAAGACCUCAGCUAUGAGUUUCUAUCAAAAGCUACGUUGUUUUACCAACAAUGCUUUCCCUCAUACAAUACCUGAUCACUACCGUGAACUUAUGCGGGUGUCUCGUAUAUGGAGGGAUUUGGUCAAUAGAAUAAGAUUUGGCUUUGCACAUGAGUCGGACAGAUCUCCUGGUCCAGGGGAUUUAGCUCUUUAUUGUCCAGCAUGUCCCCAGCCUGGCAUCAACUUACCUUUUUCUUGGAAGGAUACCUAUGACAGUUGGUUGGUCAUGCAAAGAUACAUUGUCGAUGGAAAUUUUACAGCUCAGCAUAUGAAGAUGAAGACUCCAGAAGAUGAUGUUUCACUAGCAGAUGGAAAGGGAUACAUGGUAACAGAAGGACCUUAUGAAACUCACAUAAUAGAAUCUGUGGAAGAGAAAGAGAAAUCAUCUUGCAGCAAUCACCAUGCUGUGAAUGCAGCCAAUGUCCAGAGAAGCAACCUAAGAGCUACAGGGGUUGGGGCAACUGCAUGUGCUAGGCAUGGAUGUUUUGUUCCCCAUGCAGUAGUUGACUUCCAAAAGGGAGAGAGUAUCCACUUCUAUGAACGGGUGAAUCAAAGCUAUCACCUGUCUCUUCCUCAAUCAAUCAAAAUAUUGCCAGCGAUCGGCAAGUUUCAUCUAAGCACUCAUAAGCUACUGUGCUUUCCCAGAUUCAGCCUCAAUUUUAUUACAGGAGCUGGUCAUAUUGAUGGGAAAAUCUUGGAGACCCUCUGGGCCCCGUUUAACAAGAUUUCCCCAACUGCAAGGUCCAUGACUCUCUCUCACAGACAGGAAGUCUUGGAUGACCAUAUGAGGGAUUCUAAUUGGAAGAAGCUUGUCAGAAUUGGCAAGUACCCUUUAUUUCCGAGAUGUCAACUUUGA